AUGACUGAGGUAGAACCAGUGUUGGACUUUGCCUCCUCGGGCAGGUCGGGCCGACGGAAUGCGUUGCCCGACAUCCUGGGCUCUCCUGCAGGAGUCAACCCCUCUGACCUCCCCCUCAAACUGGCCGAACUGGCGUUAACGGAUGGACCUGGAGGUGCCCAAUCACCGACUACAGAAGAGGCCCCGCCCCCUACAGAGAGCUCCGAGGGGAAGGAAGGAUCUUAG